AUGCGGCGGAUCACCGUUUUCUUCAUCGUAUUUUCUGCUUUAUGUCAGGAUCUAGUGGCCAAAGAAUGUCGAGAUGCCUUUGGAUUUAAUGUGAGUUCACGCUCUUAAAAUUUACAUGUAUAUCCCCUUGACUUAAAUAUAAGUUUUACAGUACGAGGCAGAAGAAUGUAAUUUUUUGGAGACGGAGAACUUCCAGCAUUCCCGAACCAGUCGGAAUGUAACUGUCAAGUUCCAAGGUUUGUUUUCGAAAUAAAAAAAGAGGGAAAAAAAGGGUUACUGUAAGAUGUCUAAAGCCAAGUAAAAACUGCUUAAACCAAACUUCUCAUCAUGAUAUCCAAAACUAUUUUAUCCUGUAAUGUCAUUGUUUUCCAGCCCAACUCGAUGCCAAGACCCUCGCAGAAAUUGACAAGCUGACCGAACAUAUCCCUCUGAACGGCACCAAAUGUUCAAACCAAUAUGAAAUCCUAUCAAAUGGAAGUGGCUACACAACUUCUGUGGCUUGUAGAGAUGUCCAAGAGCACUCUUUAUUACGGCCCGGAGUUCAACGAUGUUUGCCAGUGGAUUUGAAGAAGGAGAGUUUCAAAACUGAACCCGUUGGGCAGUCCAUUUAUUUGCAAGUUCUCAUCUGAAGUAAUAUGAAUGAAUUCAAUUUUUAGAAAUUAUUUUUUCCAUCUGAAUUACACUCAGGAAGCUCGCGGAGUCUCAGAUCCGUUGAGAAUGGAGGCUUCGAAUGUAAGGGAUUCUUAUCCGUUUGAUAUUUCUUGCCACUUCUGUAUCCCAAAACCCGCCUUAUUUUUUCACUCUUAUAUUUUUUUUAUUUUUCAGGGAUGCCUUUUGCAUUUUGAUAUUGCCACUGUGGAGUAAGUUGAUUUUGUUUUUAUGAGCCUUAUUAGAAUUUUGAUUAUUUUUUAAUUUUAAUUUCAGAAAUAAGACGAACUUGGUCAUAGUUGGGGGAAGUAAAAAGUAUAUAAAAGAGACCUUUUACGAAAGCUAUGACGUAAAGACGUAUAAAGAGAACCACACGAUAAAAAGUCAUGUAAGUUCGGGGAAAGGUCGAACUUUUUUACUAUAAUAUUUUGAUUUUUCUAAUAAAAUUUCAUUUCCAGAAAACCAUCCCCACCCGUUCCUCAGAAAUCGACCAUUUCUUCGCUGCUUUUCGUCUCCUGGACACCUCCGGGAAUCAUUCCGUCGACCCUUUUGUCCCCACCCAUCCCCGUCUCACCGAUCAUAAUCUCUGUUUCUUCGCGGAUCUGAGACGAUACGGUCCAUUUAAAGGAUACUGUAGAAUCACUCAGCUGACUGUGAAUCCAACGGAAAAAACGGCUCGCCCUUUUUUGACCCUACACGCCCAGCUCCACAACAAACUUUUGUAUAAUGAAACGGGCGUCGUGGUUUACAGAGGGAUCGAAAAAGUUACGAAGUAUUACGCCAGAUUCAUAUUGGUCAUCUACUGUAAUUCUGAAGAGAGAUUCUGCGAUAGAAAGUAUGCCCAUGACCUGGACUUUGUGACGAGGAUAUCGGUGAGUUGGGAGGAGGACUUUAUAUUGCAGUGGAUGAUUUGAUGUAGAACUUUCAAAAUUUUAACAAGCUUUUUCAGUUCAGAUUUAAAAAAUAUUGAAGAUAAAUCGGCAACUUGUACAUUUCAAAUUUUGUUCGAUAUUUUUGUUUAUUUUUGAAUAAUUUUUUGAUAUUGUAGUAGAUGGAUGACUUGAUUUUAAAUUUUUGAAAUUUUGAUUUUUUUCUCAAUUCUUGCAGAAAGGCGCCAGCUCCAAGUGUUUUUUCCUCAAAGCUUCGGCAGAACCUUUUCUGAUCCCCGGAAAUCAGCAUUAUCUCGCUGCAAAUGACGAUAUCAAGUCUCCACUCAGCCCGCAACAAAUAAAUGACACCGCUUUCUGCACGAUCACCUUCUCGAGCUAUCCACAUUACCAUCUGAAGAAGUACAAGUUGGCACUGAAGAAGAUGCAUUACUUUUUCGGGGAUUUUUCGAUGUAUAAUCUGGACUUGAAUGGAUCUUUGCCCGAGGCUGAAAUGUAAGUUUGGGAAAAAAAUAUAAAUUGAUUAUUGAUUCUGAAGCUGGUAGAUCAUUUUGUAUUAAUUUUAGCCGAAAAAUCUUGGAUGAAUUCAAGAAAUUCCACUUGAGAUUCGUUGACAAUACGUUGUUGAGGAGGAAAACCACGAAUUGCAUGUCAUUACUGACGUGAGUUCAAGCUUUUCUUCAAUUUAACAGUGGCUAAGUUUUGUUUUUCCAGAAGAAACGAAACCAAUUUCUUUGGGGAGCGCCGACGAGUUGUAUUUUGUAUAUGCAGAACAAGCCCAGAAACCCCUUGCAAUACGCCCGACCUUCUGCUGCCUCAUAUAUUCACCAUGAGUGUCCAGCCAAGCCGAUAUUUACGUAACGACAGAACAGUAGGUGCUACGAUGACAGACAGUGUGCUGUCUAUGAUAAUGUGAGGACAUUGUCGAGUCUUCACUUUCAGGUUAUCGAGACAUGUCUGGGCAAUCAUGCUGGAGAUUAUCCCGUCGAUAUCAAGCCCUACGACCCCGCAUUGGCAUACGAUUACGCCAUGCAGACGUUGUGUGUUGUGCAGAAGAGCAAACUCAGCGAUCAGACAUACGACCGGUCGGGUAAGGCUUGUCAUUGUAGGGAUAGGAAUUAUGGUUUUAUAAAAGUCAAAUAUUACAAUUUAUUGUGCAUUAACUUACGUCAUUUGAUUGUCAGACACCUAUCGAGCGAAUGAACGCGAUUUCCUCUUGUUCAACAACACAGUAGACGAAGACGCCCCGUAUAUCGACAGCAAUUCCUGGACCUUCUUGAACAGACAUGAAAGAAUCGUCGACGCCGAUGCCAGAGCUUUAAUGCAUGUUCUUUGUGAGUUCAGAGCGGAGAUUUUGAUGACUGGAUGCAAAUGUGCGUACGUAACAUCCAUCGACAACAUCCUUUGCUGCUGUAAUCACAAGGACAAGGCGAGGUUCACCCAAGCAAUCGACGAUCUGCCCCCCUUGACUUAUGAUGAUUUCUUUGAUAAUAUGGUCCCGAUUGAAUGGAGAAAUAAAUAA